AUGAAUGACUAUAAUCUUACUCCUAAAAUAGAAAAAGAAUAUAUGAACUGGCGUGCUUUACAAAAAGGUAAGUCACGUAGAUCCCAAACACAAAUAAAAAAAGAAGAAGUAUUUAAAGAUCAAUUAACAGAUUUAUUUGAUAUUGCUCAUUUAAAUGCUCUACAAAUUAUUAAAAUUGACGAAGACAAUUCUUAUUUGCACAAAACGAGAAAGGGAGAAAAGGGUGUAUGA